AUGACUCUGGUCAAGCAGACACUCAAGGAAAAUGGACCUUCCCGUCAGGCUUGCGAGAUUUCCGCCUCGUUGAAAUUAUCCUUCGACAGAAACGAAAUCUACCACAAGCUUGGGAACAAUGUGUUAAUUACGGUCAAUCCGGGAGGAAUCCAGGCAGGGACUAUCUCUUCUAAGAGUGAGGAGGUUCUGAGAGAAUACAUGGAGAAGUUUCUAGACCGAACGUUGAAGAGUAAUCGAGAUGAUCCCAACCCAUCCUCUUUAGAUAACGACCAAGCUCUCUUGUCGUCAAAGAUGGCCUACACCAUUAUAGCCACGGGAGUUUCCGGCUCGGGAAAGACCACCAUCCUUCAACACCUCCUUCGUCUGAUCCUGGGACGAGAUACCAACUCCGAGCUGCAAAAUUCUGCGCCACAAACGUCGGAGUGUUCAAGCGGUGCCGACUCACGAAUGCAAAACGUGGUCGAGGUUUUGGAGAGGGACCUGGUCAUCGUAGAGGCGAUGGAAAACACUGCCACCCAGAACAAUACGGAUUCCAGUCGAUGCGGAAAACUGAUCAAGGUCGAGGAUAUCGGAACGAGCAAUGUCCGGUCCACAAUACAAUGUCUUAUCCUUGAAGGCUCUCGACUUCGACACCUAUGUCCUGAUCCGAACAAAAAGGAUGACCCAGAGCGGAGCUUUCAUAUAUUUUACUACCUUCUGGCCCACGGCCACAAAGCUUUGAACUCCAUUCAAGAUGCGUUCAAGGGCAAGUACGACCAAGUGACAGCGGCCCAGGGGUACGAACGGGUGAAUGCCGCCAUGCACCAAAGAAAGCCCCCAUCUAUAGUCGCACAGACUUGGGACGUACUGGCGGCGAUUCUUCUCCUUCUCUUUUCGAGACGGUCCGACGAUGUGUGGGUAGCUGAGGCCAAAGAACUAUUGGGGAUACCAACAGCUUUCGAACUCGUCCCAUCCAACACAAGCCCAGCCGAUACUAGGUCGAAACUUUUGCAAAUCAGUAUAAAUCUCUACCGCCGGGUUUUUUCCUUUUGGACCAAGAACAAGGACAAGAAGUCCCAGGAGACGGGUCUUGUCAUCAAUCUUCUUGAUAUCUGUGGCUCCGAGGUUCUUGGCAUCAAUCGACUGGCUCAGCUGAUCAUCAACCAGUGGAACGAUAAGAUUCAGCAAGAGGCGAGUUGUCUGCCAUACGAGACCAUCACCCUACAUGGCUUGAACGAUGAGCCGGGCCAGUCUCGGCUCAGGUCUCCUCCCGACGGAUUCGACAACUUGAUGGACCUGUUGAGAGGAGAGAUCGACGAACAGCGGUUGACAAAGUGGUUGAGCGAGAAGCGUCAAAGGGAAAAGAAAAGGUUCAAACCGGACACGGAUGACGCGGAAGACCCGAGACUCUGCAUCACUGGUGCAGGCAGUUAUACGAUGAUGGUCAACCACCUGUCUGGGUCUUCCGUACUGUACAAUCAUGGAGACAUCCCUGCCGAGAAUCGCGACACCAAAAUACCAGAGGUCAUUCAGGCUUGCAGCCGAGUCCGGGAGCUAUUGGUGGAUGAAAGAACGCCAGAAAGCAAGGCAGUCGCCACCAUCGUUUCGAGAGCAAACCGAGACUGGGAAAAAGUCAAAGAAGCGCUCGCAAAGUCGAAAGUCUUGUUCAUCAAAUGCAUCAAAGCUUCGGCCACUUUGAGGCCUUGGGACUUCGAUACCGACACUGUUGCACAUCAAGUCGACAGCCUGGCAAUAGGGCGGACACACGAUUUUAUCAAAUCCUUGGGUAUGAAACACUCGGAUUCGUCAACUAAUUUCAUCUGCAAGUACAUUCUUGCGACGGGUCGAGGGUCUCAAGCGGCGAGGACGCGCAACGAUCGUCAUUCCCAAAUCGAGGCGUUCUUCAGGGAUAUCGGCCCUGUAGACGGGCAGAAAUGGACUCAGCAAUUCAUCAGGCAAGGCGACUAUAUCCAUUGGUCAGAAGAACUUCACGGGCAUCUUCAGCGACUUGUCGCAGUUGCCGAACAUGCCCGUUUGGCUUACGAAAAGCCACACAUAAACAAACGCUUCAUCGAGCCAGUGAAGACCAUUGCCGAAUCCGCACCUGUCAAUGCGUUCAAGCUGCGCGAGGCGAUUCGAUGGUACACGGCCCGUCUACAAGUCGAUCAUCUUGAGUGGAUCUCGGAGUUCGAGCAAAACCUAGAGCCUUUCGAGAGCGUAUUCAAAACCGAGAUGGACAUCGCUCUUGUGCUUGACGCAGACGAGGCCAUGAACGCCGCCAUCGGCAGCACAAUUGAUCGUAUCCUUUCUGUGGGCGACGUUUCAAAGCUGGACAUGGUCUGUGUUGCGGUAUGCGCUUUUUUGCGCAGACUCGACAGGACCGCGGACGGAAAAGGGAGUCUUGUUGGUCGCCGUAUUGCGGAGAGGUCCGCGACUCUGCUUGGCGCCAUCUUGCUGGCUCACCAUAGUAUUCUGGACCGUUCUCCUGAUCUGCAAGCCGCCGUUGAAAGGUUUAGCGAUGGAGUGACGAGAGUUUUACAAAAAUAA